ACGUUGUUAUUGUAUAUCCCUCCGCGCGCCCGAGCUAGCCACUUUAGCAUCGUUUGUUGUUGUCGCGGUUGGUUUGUCAGCAAUUUUCCUUUUUUUGGGCCCUUCCCGAUACCCGGAACGAGCGAGCGACCGACUCGGCGUCCGUCUUCUCUCGUAACGAUGAAGUUCCAGUACAAAGAAGAGCACCCCUUCGAGAAAAGGCGGUCCGAAGGCGAGAAGAUUCGCAAGAAGUAUCCGGAUCGGGUCCCCGUUAUUGUGGAGAAAGCUCCCAAAGCCAGAAUAGGCGAUCUGGACAAGAAGAAGUAUCUCGUCCCGUCCGACCUGACAGUGGGCCAGUUUUAUUUCCUGAUCCGAAAACGAAUCCACUUGCGAGCGGAGGACGCGCUCUUCUUCUUCGUAAACAACGUCAUUCCACCCACCUCGGCCACCAUGGGACUGCUGUACCAGGAGCACCACGAAGAGGAUUUUUUCCUCUACAUCGCCUACAGCGACGAGAGCGUGUACGGGAGCGGCCGAAGGCAAAUGUGAUCUCUGCGCCGCCCCUUCCCCCCCCCACCCCGCGACGCAUACUACGUACAUCCAUGGGGAAUAUUUAAUCUAGCUCAGCAGCUCGGAGUUUACAGAGCAAAAAGCGUCGGAUGCACUUUCACCCGUCCCGAUCCCCAUCAGUGUCAUCAUGUAUCUAUCGGCCUCCAUUUCUUAUUUCCCCAACUGCUACGGAACUGUUUGAUUGACUAUGAUUAUUGUGGUUAUUAAUUUGAGAUGGGUUCAUUUACCGUAUUGUGAAGCUGAGUGCAAUUUUUUUUUUUUUUUUUCCUUUUUUUUUUUUUUUAAAGAACUCUAUAGAGCUGCAUUCCUGGCGCUUUCUCUCCACUCGUGACCAUAAAAUGAUAAUAAUUUGAUGAAAAAGCUACCGGUGUCGCUUGUCUUCAAUUCUAAGAUUGAAUUCUCAUUACGGAAUAAAAUUUGAAAGAAAUGAAUCUG